CCCUCUGGUUUCCUGCCGUAAGUAACUCGAGGUGACAACUUCCGUUUCCGGUUGCCGCUGGCUGGAGGGGUGAAUCUUGAGUGUCCUGAGAGGUCAGAUUGCUGUCAGACAUGGCCCAUGGACAUGGACAUGAACAUGGUCCUAGUAAAAUGGAACUUCCAGAUUAUAAACAAUGGAAGAUAGAAGGGACACCAUUAGAAACUGUCCAAGAGAAACUGGCUGCACGAGGACUAAGGGAUCCAUGGGGCCGCAAUGAAGCUUGGAGAUACAUGGGUGGCUUUGCAAAUAAUGUUUCCUUUGUUGGAGCAUUAUUAAAAGGAUUCAAGUGGGGAUUUGCUGCAUUUGUGGUAGCUGUAGGGGCUGAAUAUUACCUGGAGUCCCAGAAAAAAGAUAAGAAACAUCACUGAAGAUAAUACCUGGAAAUAUCUUUUAAUGUCUUAACUUUCUCAUAAAAAGAUUUCGUCACUGUAGCCUACUCACCUAUGUGUUUAUUCCUUAAGGAAUGCUAGUAAGAUUUAAUAAAAUAAGAAAACAUGUA